AUGGAUUCUCGAAAACUGAAGGAAGGCGCAGUAAAACGCUACAAGUCUGGAUUACUGGGCAGUAAAUUCAAAGACUGUUGGAAUGUACUGUUCAGCGACUCAACUUUCUGCAUUUACAACAAAGAGGUACGUUUCUUACAAUUGUUAGUUAGUUUUAAAUUUGAAUUUUCCGUUUAAAAUAAAAAAAAGGAUAAUUUUUAGGGUGAUUCAAAGCCAGAAGCCAAGUUUCUACUGAAAGAUGUAGCUCCUUACAUUUGUGUGGGCUUGAUGACAGAUCGUAUGCCAGUCAAACGACCCGAUAUGCCUGAUGGCUGUUCUGUGCAUCAUCUUGUUGGAUUCGGAAUGGACCCUCGUGCUGACAAGGUUCAUUGGAUUUUGUUUGGAUCUGAUUCUGAUUUAGAGUAAGUUUGUUACUGUAGUAUUUAAGAAUGAGUUUAUAACAAGAUAUUUAAUAUUAUUUACGUUGCAAUUAUUGUUUCAGGUCUUGGUUCGCCGAGAUUGUAAAGACUCUUCCAAAACCAGCCAAUCCACCUCCAGGCGAUCCAAAUCAACCCCCUCCACAACAACCAUCAGCUCCACAACCAAACCCAUCUUCUGGAGGAUUUGGUAAGCUAUUUUGUAUGUCUUAUAUGAAGCACCGAGGAUUGUCAAACAAUCAAAUAUAAAUUUACAUAACUAUUUAUUUUCAUCAAUCUAUCACUUCUUUUUUCAGUACCACCAGCCCAGUACCCUUCCAGUCCCUACCCCAACCAACCCCAGCCUUCGCAAGGUGGUGGCGGCGGAGGCUACAACCCAGAUCAAGGUGGCUACGGUCAAGGAGGAAACGGUGGCCGAGGAUACAACGGCAGCGGCGGAGGAGGCUACAAUAAUGGCGGAGGCGGCGGAAGCCACCACACUACAGUAAUAGUGGACCGUGGUGGUGGAGGAGGAGGCUACGGUGGUGGCUAUGGCGGAGGCUCAAGCUCCGGCCUCGGCUUUGGCUCCGGAAUGUUGAUGGGAUCGUUGUUGGGCUACGGCGUUGGUAGCUUCUUCACACCGUCUCACUAUUAUGGUGGAGGAUUCGGCGGAGGAGGCUUCGGAAUGGGUGGUGGCUACGGUGGCGGCUACCCAGGUGUCGGCGGGGGCUACUCCAGCACCCAAGACAACGAUACCUACAUCACCAACAACUACUACAACUCCAGCGACAACAACGACCCCCAGCAGCAACAGAAUAAUGAAACACGUGAGGAAGGGGAUUAUCAGCCUGGGGAACAGCCUUCUGAAGAGCUCCCAAAAGGCGAGCAGCCUUCAGAAGUCGAAGGGGAGGAGACUUCUGAGGCCGACCAGCCUCCAGAAGAGUACGAGGAGGAUAAUAAUGAUGACAAUUUAGAUAAUGACAACGACGGCGGCAACGACAACAAUGAUGGAGGCUACGACAAUGACGGCGGAUACGAUGAUGGAGGCUACGACGAUGGAGGCGGUUACGACGGAGGCUACGAUGACGGCGGAGGCUUCGACGAUGGUGGAGGCUUUGAUGGAGGAGACUUUUAG